UGUAUUACAGUUCACUGUGCAUCUGUCGUAGCCUAUAGUGAGGACUUUAUUAUUACCGAAGCGUAUGGACAAACAAGAACAAAUUGCUUAAUUUUGUAAAUUUAGUAUAAUUUUUUAUAAUAAAAAAAAAAAAAAAAAAUGAAUUCGACACCUAAAAAAUUUGAUAGUUUUGAGUUUGAAAAAAAUGGCGUACGUUUUAAAUAUCGAAUACAAACUGCGACCGGUGAUCACUUUGACGAAAUCGCAGAACAACUUGGAAAUGAUUUCUUUAAAGAAGAGCGCUUGUGUUCAGCACUAAAUUUAAUUAAUGAUUCGGAAGCAAGCGAAAUUUUUAAGAGCGUAUGGAGGGACAUGGUAUGUAGUGGAACAACAUUAAUAGCUAUUAUCGAAAACGACUGCGUAGAACGAGGUAAAAUAAUCGGAGUUAAUUUCACUUAUGUGGAGAAGAAAGAUGAAAAAUUAUACUCGGUGUCGUCCAAUAAAAUGUUUAACCUAAUAAUAAAAAUCCUGUCUGACGCAAGCCAACCAGGAAACAUAUUCGAAAAGUACAACGUCGAUCGAUAUUUGGCUGCAUUUGGUUUGAUGGUCCACGUCGACUUUGUUGGCAAUGGAAUUGGUUAUCGACUUCUCGAGUCCAGGGAAAAGUUAUGUAAAUUAUUGGGUUUGUCUGUAACGGGCACGAUAUUCACAGGCUACAUAUCUCAACAUUUAGCAACAAAGUUGGGAUUUGAAGUCCUUUCAUCGCUUGAUGACGAACACAUCGAUUUCGGAGACAUAGAAUGCCAUUUAGAUGAUACCAAAGGGAAAGAUAUUAAGUUCAUGGCCCUUAAAUAUACAUGAGCCACUCUAUAUUGAUAUGUAGUAAAUGAUUUAAAUUAUUUCAAGUAUUAAUUAGCAUGUCUCUAAAAAAAUAUGAAAAUCAAUUCGCGGCUAUUUGUAAUUGGUUCAAUCUUAAUUAGAAUUAUUGUUGCAAAAAUUAAUACUCAUGAUAUUUUUAGUUUAUUUUUCUAUAUCAAGAUAAAUGUCAAUUAAUACAAAAUAAGUAAUACAUAUGUACACACUUUUAACCAUUUUCGAAUUUUCCUUAACUAAUUGCUUUGACAUAAGUAUUUUAUGUUUAUGAAUGAUUACAUAGAACGAUGUCUAGACAAUAUCAACAUUAUGUGUUCAGAAAGCAAUUAGAACUAGUUAAAUUUUAAAUAAAAUAAUUUUUAGUUCAGCGACAUUAGAAAACAGUAAACAAACUGUUUAAACUAUUUGUGAACAAAUAAAUCAAUUUCAAGGCUGUUUUUUUAUUGCAUUUUUAACAAUA